CCUCGGCCUCCCUCCUCGUCUCGGUCUUCUUCGUCUUCAUUUCUCUCUCAGGACAUUUUAACUGUUGGAUGUUUAUCAUUGAACAUCUUCAUCAUCUUCAUCAGCCCGCCAUGUUUCUGGAGAACAAGAACAACCUGGAGAUGGAGAUGGCUCAGGCCUCGGCUCAGGGCCUGCAGGGCCGUGGCAGCCUGAGGUCACCGGAGGUCGUGGCCGGAGACUUCGGGGAGCUCUGCCUCCUGGAGGGCAUCUCUGAGAGGAGAGACGCCCACAAGCAGCUGCACAGAGAGGACGGCUUCAGCGUGGUGAAGGUCCUCCGGGGGAGGAGCAGCUCCUCAACCGAGAGGUCUCCUCUGCUCCGGUUCUCUCAGGACGACAGUCUGACCUACAUGACCUUACACGACCCCGGCCUCGUGGGGGGGGGGCUGGACCUGGAGAAGAGGGGCCGGCUGGGCAGCGAGGUCACCAGCCUGUCCAUGACGGGGUCCGGGUCCUCGGACAAGACCGACCCGCUGGACCUGGACCUGAAGCCCAGGCUCAGCAGCAGCAUCAAAUGUUGCUUCAGAGGCUCCAAAGUUGCCGUGAUGUUUGCCGUCGUCGUGCUCUGCAGCCUCUUCUUCAGCAUGUAUCCGGACCGAGACGACCCCUGGAGGAUGCUGGCCGUGUCCUCCUCAGACAGCUUCUCCGUGAACCUCACGGACUUCCGCGACAACGCGCUGCUGAAGCUGCAGGUGGGCGGGGCCUUCAGCGGGGGGAAGCCGGAGCUGGGCCAGGACUACAUCCUGGUCCAGGUGGAGCAGACCGAGCCGGCGGGCGCGCGGAGGAGGAGGGCCGAGCAGGUGAUCUACAACUGGACCGUCCCUCUGCACCCGCAACGCAGCGGCCAGCUGCUGCUGAGCCACACCUUCCCGAUGAUCAGCAGCGACCCCAUCAGCAUCUCGGUGCAGGCCUUCCUCCAGCAGGACGAGGUGGUCCCCAUGUCCAUGACCCACCAGGCGCUCUACGUCACCGUGGAGACGCAGGUGGUCAUCGCCGCGGUCAUCCUGACGGGCGUCUACGUGCUCAUCAUCUUUGAGGUCGUGCAUCGGACGCUGGCGGCCAUGUUGGGUUCUCUGGCUGCGCUCGCCGCGCUGGCCGUCAUCGGAGACAGACCCAGUCUGGUGACGGUUGUCGAGUGGAUCGACUACGAGACGCUGGCGCUGCUCUUCGGCAUGAUGGUGCUGGUGGCCAUCUUCUCAGAGACCGGCUUCUUCGACUACUGCGCUGUGAAGGCCUACCAGCUGUCCAGAGGGAGGGUGUGGCCUAUGAUCAUCAUCCUCUGUCUCAUCGCCGCCAUCCUGUCGGCGUUCCUGGACAACGUGACCACGAUGAUGCUCUUCACGCCCGUGACCAUCAGGCUGUGCGAGGUCCUGAACCUUGACCCCCGACACGUCCUGAUAGCGGAGGUGAUCUUCACCAACAUCGGGGGCGCGGCCACCGCCGUGGGGGACCCGCCCAACGUCAUCAUCGUGUCCAACCAGGCGCUGCGCAGAGAGGGUAUCGACUUCGCCAGCUUCACAGGCUUCAUGUCUCUGGGGAUCUUCCUGGUCCUCAUCUCCUCGUUUCCUUUCCUCCGGCUGCUCCUCUGGAACAAGAAGCUCUACAACAAGGAGUCCAUCGAGAUCGUCGACCUCCAACACGAGGUCCUGGUCUGGCGGCAGACCGCUCAGCGCAUCAACCCGGCCAGCCGAGAGGAGACGGCCGUGAAGUGUCUCCUGAUGCAGAAGGUCCUGGACCUGGAGGUCCGGCUGCGCUCCAUGAUGAAGACCUUCCACAGUCAGAUCUCUGAAGAGGACAAGAACUGGGAGAAGAACAUCCAGGAGCUGCAGAAGAAGCACCGGAUCACCGACACGGUGCUGCUGGUGAAGUGCGUGUCCGUGCUGUCGGUGGUGAUCUUCAUGUUCUUCCUCAACUCCUUCAUUCCCAGCAUCCACCUGGAGCUCGGUUGGAUCGCCAUCCUGGGCUCCCUGUGGCUCCUGGUUCUGGCCGACAUUCAGGACUUUGAGAUCAUCCUGCACCGGGUGGAGUGGGCCACGCUGCUCUUCUUCGCCGGACUCUUCGUCUUGAUGGAGGCUCUGGCUCAGCUGCAGCUCAUCGACUACAUCGGGGAACAGACUGCGCUGCUCAUCAAAUCGGUGCCAGAGGACCAGCGCUUGGCGGUCGCCAUCAUCCUGGUGAUGUGGAUCUCGGCUCUCGCUUCGUCUCUCAUCGACAACAUUCCCUUCACCGCCGCCAUGAUUCCGGUGCUCAUCAACCUGAGUCAGGACGAGGAUGUGAACCUCCCCAUCAAGCCUCUGAUCUUCUCCUUGGCGAUGGGCGCCUGCCUCGGGGGAAACGGCACGUUGAUCGGAGCGUCGGCCAACGUUGUGUGUGCCGGAAUCGCCGAGCAGCACGGCUACGGCUUCUCCUUCAUCGAGUUCUUCAAGUUAGGGUUCCCCAUGAUGAUCAUGACCUGUAUGAUCGGCAUGUGCUACCUGCUGGCCACUCACGUCGGCCUGGGAUGGAACAUGUGACCCGGAGAGCUUCGGCUCGCCGUCCGGCCCCGGGUCCACUGAAGGAGCCACAGCUGAGCAGCCAGGACCAGAACCAGGACCAGGACCAGGACCAGGACCAGGACCUCAGGAGCUCUGACCAGAACUUUUGAAUUCAAUAUCCAAAAAUCUGAAGUCAUAGGAGUCGACCCGAGGAAAGCCCCGCCCCCUGGAGGAAGAGGUCCUGGUCUGUAAGGUGGUCCACGGUGCUACUGGUUCCUCU